AUAAUGAAGAUCGAAAAACCAACGACACAAAAUAUUCUUAAGAAAUAUACGAAAAUGUGCGUAAAACAAUGUUAGCUGUGUAAGUAAGUUGACUCGUCCCAUAUUUCUCUUAUUUUAUUGAUCAGAGCUCGUUAUAUUCACGAUACUGUGGCAGAUCACUUUUGAGAACACCCCAUACCUGAUGGAGAGCUCAUAUUCCAUUUGUAUACUUUGAUUCCGACAUGCGAUUAUGCGUUCAAGCUGCUUAUAUCUGCCGUAGGCAUAGGGAUAAAACGACAAUAAACCCUUAUUCAAGACCGUAGACCCAAGCUUGGAGCAAGAGUGCCUGGAUUCUAUUGUUGUGUAUUAUUAUAAUUUAUUUCCCACAUUUUAGCGAGGGAGUUUACAUCUGCAAUCAUCAGAUUUGAAAGUGAAUAUGAGCGACCAUUGUCGUGGCAGACUAUGAGAUAACAGCAGUCUGAAUCAUGUGAAUAUGGGAAACAUUUUAUAAGACGACAAAGGAUGAGAAUUAUAGAGAACAUCGUAUUAAAAUAUAUGGGUCGUACUUAUUGAUUCACCGUUUACCGCGAGGAAGAUGGCGAGAGAGGAUGCAGCGUGUAAAAUAAACAGAAUUUAAGAGGAAAAUUUGUUGCUUGAAGAAAAAAUAAAGCAUUGUGAAACCAGGUGCGGAAUGAAGUGCUAUGAACACCACUCAGGGAGGAAUUUCUUCCUGGGCGACGGAUGCCGAUUAUUAUGAAACGUGUAAUAAUUGGAAAUAUUGAUGUGUUGUGUCUGAUGAAGAAUGUACGAGGCUCAAAUUGGAGAGAAGGAAGUGUGGUAGAAGCGCCGCUUUAACCCAGAUCAAUAACUCGGCAUUUUCUGAUUUUGAUCGUCAAUAAAGAGGGAUAUUUUGAUGUGUGGUUAUCGAGAACACGUUUCGACGGUCUUGACUGAUACAAAAAAAAUUCUGAGGCGUAUUGUGGAGACGAAUUAAACAUAUGAAUUACACACGCCAGUGGAACAGUUGUUCAUCUUCACCGCCAUGGAUUUGUGCGGGUUCGCCUGGAAGAAUAUUUAUUACGUUCCGCUACUUGUGGAGCUGAUGUUAUUGAAUGUCCUUCACCUCGCGGGGGGAGAAACGAUUCUGAGAAGGGACUCGCGGAAAUAUCCAUUACAUGUGCCAAUUACAGGCAAGUCCAAUUCAACGGAAGAUGGGCAAGUGCCGUUCACUCCACUUUCCAUACAAUCUUCUUUAGCCCUACAUUACAUAGAUUCUGUGAUCAAGAAUCCUAGUAGAAUUUGUUUAUACAACAGGUCGGCCGUAACGUUGGAUUCAUUUAAGUUAGAUAUUGUGAACUCGUCUUUCAGUAAUUUGUAUAAGUAUCGUGCAAAACAGGUUGUGUGGAUAGCCAAAUCUUUAACUGGAUUACUUACAGACCACAGCACUAUUAAAGUAGCAAAUCAGAUCAACUCUCAUAAGAAUUUUUUGUAUGAAUUAAUUAAAUCGACUUUAUUUAACAAUACUCAGAUAGCAGGAAGUGGUAUAGCUUUUGACAACGAUACAUUUUUAUACAUGGCCAAAUCAAAGUCUGGUAGUCCAACGGGAUUUCAGGAUUUGUCCGCCAAGUAUAACUUUACAGAUGCCGAGUUCUACUCGAUCCCUGCCAGAAGAAAUUAUACAGGAGUUUGGAAGCAGAGGAACGAGACCUUUAGCAGUUUUAAUGUCCCUCCAGUAGAUAUGCAGGAUGGAUACUGGACCAAUCCUUACUUUGACUGUAUGAACUUAGAGAAGUGGAUUAUUACGUAUUCGGUGCCUUUCUUUCACCGACCAAGAGAAAAACCAGUUUUCAGUGGAGUAGUUAUGAUUGACAUUGACCUGAACCAAUUAGAUGUGAACCAGUGUGCACGUGACCAUCAGCUGUUUUCUGGAUCAAACAAAUGUUUGCCGGAAUCGACACAAUGUGUUCAUAUAUCUGAUGGAGGAUUAGGAGCUGGGAACUAUAAAUGCGUGUGUCGAAAGGGCUUUUACUUCCCGGAUAAAAAUAGCACAAACAAGUCUUUUCCAGGAUCCGAGUUAGAACAAGCUUUCUUGAAUUCCUGGUACAACAAGACAAACUUGUCCCACUUGGAGUAUCAGUGUCUUCCUUGUCCAUUAGGCUGUGAAAACUGUGUGGACGACACGCCAUGCAUGGCGGAGUAUAACGUGUUAUUACGCGGAAUACCGCUAGGAAUUCAGAGCUUCUGUAUCACAGUGACAAUCGUGAUUGGGGUAGUUGUAUUACGACUGCGAAAAUCGAAGGUGAUGGUAACAAGUAUGUGGAUCCUUCUUGAAAUGGUCCUUAUCGGCGCUGUUCUGUUAUAUUCCACGAUAAUUAUACAGUACUUUGAGCCGACAACGACCAUUUGCAUUAUGAUUCCUUGGUUUAGGGAAAUGGGAUUCGCAGUUGUGUAUGGGUCGCUCGUUCUAAAAGUUUACAGACUUUUAUCCGAGUUCCAGUCGAGGAAAGCUCAUCGUGUGCAUGUUAGAGACAAAGACUUACUUAAAUAUCUGUGUUGUGUGAUAAUAGUUGUGUUAGGGUAUAUGUCUGCCUGGACAACAGUGACAUACGAUCAUAUUGACACAGGAGAAGUUAUAUUACAAUAUGGUGUUACCAAAGACAAUUUAAAAUAUGUAGUAUGUAAAUCUGGUUGGUGGGAGUAUGUUGUAGAAAUAGCGGAGUUGCUGUUUUUAUUAUUUGGUAUCUAUCUGUGUUACCGUGUUCGGUCGGCACCGUCAGAAUUCGCAGAAGGGACUUACAUCACGGCAGCUAUCUGUUACGAAGCCGUCAUCUCCAUAGUGUUCUAUGUUCUCAGACAUGUAUAUUGGACAGAGUUGCACCCAGACUAUUUGUUCUUGAUGUCCUUCAUUAGAUGCCAGCUCACAGUCACCAUUACUUUGUUGCUAGUGUUUGGACCAAAGUUAUUGUACGCCCAUCGUCCGCCCGAUGACCACCAGCACCGGAACCGAGCAUAUUCCUCCUCGGAUGUACAAGAAAACAUGUCCCCGGAGUCUAUGAAGUUAAAUGUUGGAAUCAGUUCUAACGGAGAUGUAGAUGUGGCAGAAAUCAGCCUAGCCGACAUGGAUCCAGAAGAUAUCCGGGCGGAGUUAAAAAGACUUUACACCCAACUUCAGGUGUACAAAACCAGAAUCAUGAGGAAAGACAACCCUCAUAUCUCCAAGCGUCGGGGCGGCAGAAAACAAACACACAGAAGGUUCUCCAUACAGCCUUUCCACCUUAAAAACCGCCAUGAACGCAGCUGUCCUGUCGAACAUGAGCACGAGAUCUCUAAGACACCGGAAGAGUCCACGAACAGUGCAGAAAUGUCCAUAUUUGAACCUGGUAUAAAGGAAGAAAAUCAGGAGAGAGAGAAAGAAAACAAAAAAGAACACUGCACUGUGACGUUUAAAAUGAGAUAGACAAGUUUUAUUUUUUAAAAAUUCUUCUCUUAUUCAGAUUUUUGUGUAAAAAUGCAGAGAGAGAAAAUCAGGGUAUAACAAGUAUUCAAUGUGACUACGAUCACGUGGGAUUUAAUAAUUAUUCUGGAGUUUAUUACGUAAGUAGAUUCACAGAGAAAGGAUGGGCGCGAAUCGGGGUUUUUAGAUCAUGAAUAUUGCAGUGAUGGUGACCGACGUGUGUUACUUAAUUCCGUACAUAAGAUAGCACAAGUUAUUAUAUGAUUUGAUAUUAUUAAAUGGUGGGAGCAGAUCAACUAGAUAUUAAAUUCAUGCCAAACUAGGGUGCCAUGUAGUACAAACUGAAAACUAAACGCUUAAAGGAUGGGUGUCUUUCAGGAUAUUCCUUUUCCUUUUAAUUCACAUCCAUUAACAUUCAAAUGUUCAAUUUGAGACACACGUAUUUAGAUACUGAACGUUAUGUCGUCAUUUCCUGUAUUCCGCGAUUUAAUCUUUUAAGUUUUGUAUAUGAUAGAGUUUGCUCAAUGUGUAGUUCAUGACCAUUUAUCAUCAGAUCAGUUCACCAUAGAUAAGAAAGUGUCCAUGUUCAGUCUUGCAUCUUGCUGCCUGUCUUCGUAUUAAAUGGGCACAAAAAUUAAAUUUUCUCUUGUAAUUUCAGGAGAACGUGUGGGCCAUUUUUUUCUACAAAAAAGUUUUACAGUAUAAAAUUUACCCUGCGAAAUAAUUUUACCACACUGUAACUGAUUACAUUAGAAAUUCCCCAAAUGUUCUGAUAUAUUUCACAGAGAAUUGACUGAAAAAAAUGAAUAUCAUCUGGGGUCUGGGGUUCGCCCUCAUUGUCAAUGGGCAGAAGGUUACAGUAGUAUCGGAUAGCGCUCGGAAUUUCUCGAGUGAUUUCAAAUUGGCCUGGUGGAUGGGGUUCAAAAAUUUUCCCCAAUACUGACGAUUGUGUUGUACAUGUAACUUGCUAUCAACUCUUGAGAAGGAUACUGUUUGUAUACCGAAUCUUGAAUGUGUUGAGAACAUCCAAUUUGGCGAUAUUUUGAUAACAUAUAUACUUGCAACAUUUCUAGUGUUUUUCCUUUUAGUUUAUUGAUAAUCGUGCGUGUUAAUACAAUUUACUCUCCUCAGGUGAGCAGCAUACUGAAAUUGCUCCAAACCUCCUACUCUAGAAAGAGUGUUGUAGCACGUCUUUACUUUCUCGUUAACUAUUCCUCUCUUCACUCGUGGCAGUGUUUUUAAAACUAUAGUAUUAACAGAUAUCUUCUUGAAGAAUUGGAAAUAAUACAAAUGACAUGUUCCUGAUUUUUUCUUCAACGGUAUGUGGAAUUUUCCGUCUUUUACCAAUAAGAAUUUUGUCAUUUUACUCACCAUUCAAUUUAUAAAUGACAGUUUUAUACAUUCUAUGAGAUUUAUGUUUGGAAUGCCAUUGUGAUACAAGAAAAUUACUCUAUUUAUUUUUGUGUUUAUCUAUAGUACUAUUUAUCGUCUAUCUAGUUUUAUUUGCGUUAAGUUUUAUUGACAUGAUAUUCUUGGAGGCAAAUAAUAUAAUGAACAUUGUGGAAUUUUUUGUUGAACAUAUUGUGUAACCAAAUAAUUUUUUUUUUGGAAUAUCUAGUUAUAUGUAGGAUAAAUGAAUUAUAUAUAAUACAAUCUUUAAAAAAAAAACAAGUA